CGCAUCCGCCCGCCCCAACCACCUGUCUCGCACAUCUUUGUCAAACUGAAAUUGAAUUACCCCACGCAUUGGGAUUACCCUCACACGUCGACAAUGGAUAAACCGUGGGCAGGGAGAAUCAAGCUCGGCCCGCUAUGGAACGCCAUGUCAUAUAGCGAGUAUGAAGAUGACGUCGCCUCUUCCACACUGAGAACUGCAUACGAAACUGUAUCAAAGCCGCAAGCGCGUGUAGCGUCAGUACCGUGGAUCAACCACGGGAACGCGUGGAGUGCAGCCGUGGGGGCCAUGUUUGGAGCCGGGACUGUGCUGGUCAUCGCUGCUGCUCUUCUGCUGUGGCGGCGGCCGAGGAAGAGAGAGACUCCGCUCCUCGCGCCUUUGGACCUUGGACAUAAUGAGAUGCUGAUCCCGAAAGAGCAGUGCCGCAUCCAGCCCCUGAGCGCUGAAAGCCGCGCGGCCACUUCGCUGCCACACGCUCGCCUCGCGCGCACCCCCUCCAUAUCCUCGCAGAGCAGCCUCGACAGCGGCACGAGUAGAGCCACGAGCCACCGAGGUUCAUCGCCGGCUAUCCGAACCUUUGCCCCGGACGGGCGCACGCUAGAAGCUGGCGCUACAGGCGUGCCUCGGUCACCGUCGCCUCUACGCGCCGCAUCUCUCGACGUCCGCGCCGCGCCGCUUGCGCAUGGAUCGCUUGCUUCAUUAGCCGACACACCAACUCCGUCUAGCCCGCGACAUGCGCCUCCACGGUGCCUCUCGCCUCUGCUGUUGCCUCCAAGGCGGAUAGACCGUAGCAACUCACUGGUGGAGAGCAGCAGCGGACUUGGGCCCCUCAGCCCUGGCGCGGGGGCCGCAAUCAGCGCGCUGGGGGCCCUACAGCCGGACCUAUACACGAAGCGUGAGGCCCCACUCGUCAUCGAGUUGGAAGGCGCGGGGCCCUCACUCGGCCGCAUCCAUCUUCGCCUCAAAUAUGACUUCGACAGAUCCGAUUUGGAAGUUCAUCUUAUUGAAGCGCACGACCUCGCCGGCUACGACGCGGGCGGGUUCAACGACCCGUACGUGCGCGUGAGCCUGCUGCCCGAGGUGGACACGCGCGUGCGCCAGACGCCAGUACACCGGAACGAAGCCAAUCCCUUCUUCGACCAGCACUUCAAGUUCCCAGUCUCGCACGACGAGCUGUCCGACAAGACUCUGUUGCUGCAGGUCUUUGAUUAUGAUAGAUUUUCCCGCAACGAGGUGAUGGGGUCGGCGAAGGUGCCCUUAUCCCGGGUGGAAGUGGCCGGGGGCGCGGAGGUGUGGGCCGAGUUGUCCCGGGAGCGGCGCCCCCCGGAAGAACUGCAGGAGUUGCUGCUCUCACUGUCAUACCUGCCGUCAGCUGAGAGGCUCACUGUCGUCGUGCUGAAGGCUAGGAAUCUGCUGCCGCCGCAAGAAGGAAAAGAUGCUUUAGAUGUGUACGUGAAGGUGUACCUUCUGGUUAACGGCAAACGCGUGAAGAAGAAGAAGACGAACCGUCGCGAGAUCAACAACCCCGUGUGGAACGAGGCGCUAUCAUUCAGCCUGCCCUCCUCCAACCUGCAAGAGGCAUCCAUCGAGGUGUGCGUGGUGACGGGCGGCAGCAACAACCUGGUGGUGGGGUGGUGCUGUGUGGGCGCUGCGGAGCCGGCCGCCGAGGGCCGCCACUGGGCGCAGAUGGCUCAGGAGACGCGCAAGGCCGUAGCCAUGUGGCACACCCUCAGAUAGACACCGGUCUACCUAGCUGUUCACCUUGCCUUUAUGAAUUUAUUGUUAACAUAAACAGCCUCCUAUACGUCCCACUAACGGGCACAGGCCUCCCCUCAAUCAACCGGAGGGGGUAUGAAGCAUAUUCCACCACGCUGCUCCAAUGCGGGUUGGUGGUAUAACGAUAACGAAUUGGGAAAUAAGUACAUAUGUCCUAUAUCCGUCUGUGAACUAAAAAAAACAGUGAUUAUUUAUACAAUGCUAAUGCUCAGGACAGAAAUAGCAGUCUUCCAGUAUUAAAAAUGAAAAUUUCAUUAAUUUACUAAUGUCUGGGCUAGUAACUAAAUCUGUAAUAAAUAGUACGAGUUACUACAAAAUCCUGAAUUGCCACUUAAAAUGAUAGUACGGGUGGCUAUUGGCAACUGUUCCCAAAGCCAUAGACUCCAUAGAGUAUUCAAUUCAAACAUAAGAUAUAAGCGGGUAGUUCUUCAAACACCGAGAGUCAAUAAUAAUUCCCGUGAACGCAAAAAUAUCCAUGUAUCUUUUAUCUUUUUGCAAAAAUCCACUUGCUACUGAAGGAAGUUGUCGACAUACUUAAGUUAUAACUGGAUGUUUUCAAAAAGACAAAAGAUUCUAAGAUAUUUUGCGUUUACGGUAACAUUGACUUCCGGUGUUGGAAGAAUCAUGGGAAGAUUACCCUUGUCACACUUACUUGCCUUUCUUCUCCAAUAGAUGGCGCUGUAAGUUCCAUAUCUUUACCGAUAUACAUACAAUAUUAUUUAUCAUUGUCAAUAAGUAUCCGUAUAAUUUAAGGACUCAAAUGAACGCCACAAUAACGAUUUUACCACUGUAUACAAGUUUAUAUAUUCACAACUGUAUAUAUUUUUUGUGUAUACAUAUAGGUACCUAUUAAAAUUUUUCCUUCAUAAAGAAAUCUUUCUUCAUAAAGGCAAGGCUUUCCUUCGAACUGAUAUAGCUAUCCUACUACCUGAAUUUUAUAAAUUCUUGUAUAAGUAACUAUCUUGUCCUACUUAUAACUGUGGGCUCACUUACAUUAUUUAUACUGUAUAUUUAUACAAAAAUUACACUUUAUGGCUUAUUUUAUAAAUACAUAAUGAUGAUUGAGCUUUCAAAAACACCAAACAAGUCUUAUGAAUUUAUAAUAUUUUUUAUACGAGGAAAUAUUGAGGAUAUUAAUUUGUAUAAUACUUAUAGUAAUUACUAAGUCGUAAUUCACCUUACAGCAAUUUGUAUCCCACAAUUUACAAAACAAUGGUAUUUUAAACAUUUAUGAAAUAUGUAAAUAUUUUUCUAGUCUUUUCGAGAUUAUUUUCCAAAAAUGUGUUUUUGUUGCUGACUAUAAUUAUAUAUCCAUAUAUCAAGGUGCAUAUAUGACAACGCCUGUUUUGGACAAGACUUUCAGAAAAUAAAAAAAUAUCAAGUAUGGUCCAUAUGGAAUUAUCUAUAUUUUUACCUAAUAAAUAUUUAAAAUCUUCCAACUGUGCCCACAGUUACCAUAUUGUAUUGAAAAUAAUUCUGUAUGUAAGUAGUCAUUGCAUGGAGUUGGUAAUAAACCUCCCUUCCGUUCAAGGGUUUUAUGAAUAUUAUCGAAUUUUAUUCCAGAAAUAUACGUAUUUUUAUCUAAGUGUAUCUGUGUGGAAGAAAUUUUACUUUGUAUUUUUCUUUACAAUGUCUGAAUAAAAUGUCUAUUUGUAAGAUUAAA